AUGUCCUCGGCGACUUCCACCGCCUCUUUGCCCCGCGGCCUGGCCGUCCUGACGACCUUCCCAGAUGUGCUCUUCAUUCCUGAAAUCAUCUUCGGGGGCCUUGUCUGGAUCCUGGUGGCAUCCUCGAGAGUCCCGUCCCCCAUCCUGCAAGGCUGGGUGAUGUUUGUCUCCGUGUUCUGCUUUGUGCUCUCCACCACCCUCCUGUGCCUCUACAUCUGCGGGGUGCACGGGGGCAGCGGCGCCUGGGUCACCUUGGAUGUCAUCUGCCAGGAGACAGCAGCUCUCUUCUACCUCAGCGCUGCCGUGUUGGAAGCCUACCUGACCUACGACAAGCGCACGUUUAGCAACCCUUCCGAAAUGCACAUCUACCAGGAGAACAUCGCGGCUGUGGUAUUUGCAUUCUUGGCUACCCUGAUGUACGUGAUCCAUAAGGUGUGCUCGCUCCUGCGAUGGAAAUCAUCCUAA